AGGAGCUCGUCCUUUUGCUCCUCCUCUUCUAAUACAGGAAGUCCUCAAACACUUGAGAGAGUUUCUCUGCAAGAGAAAGCAUGUGGGCUACAAAAUUGGGGAGUCAGUUGGGCAGGCCAACUCGAUCUGUGGGGGGAUGGUUGGUCAGCAAGAUGUUCAAAACACGCAACAAGGUUCUUGAGGAGCGUGCUGUUCAGCUGUGUGGGAUCCAACCAGGGGACACGGUGCUGGAGCUUGGUCAUGGCCCAGGUCUGGGUCUGGAGGUAGCAGCCAAACUCCUCACAGCGCCUACAGGUCACAUGAUAGGAGUGGAUUACUCUGACUACAUGCAUCAGAUGGCCAAAGAACGAGUGAAGGAAUUUUUAGAAAGUGGCAAAGUGAGCCUCCAUCUCUGUGAUGUCUCAGCAAUGCCUCUGAAGGACAACAGUGUGGAUAAAGUUUUUCACUGCAACUGCUACUACUUUUGGCCCGACCUCCAGAAAGCAGCCUUAGAAAUCCACCGUGUAAUAAAACCAGGAGGACUUAUUGUCACAACACUGAGGCAUUCCCAUGUAGCUGUUUUAGCAGCUAAGCGAGUGAUGCCGGGGGAGAACUGGCGCCCUGAGGCCUACAUGGCAGCUUUGAGAGACUCUGGCUUCACUGACGUCAGGAUGGAAGACACUCAACACAGAAACAUAACCUUUCAGGCUAUUUAUGCCACGGCAUUAAAGUGAGACAGUGUUUAAUUCACUCUGCCUCUGUGACUGCUGCACUCAGGAUUAAGAUACAAGGUUUUCAUUGUGUGCCAUUUAAAUGGAUAAACUAUGACCGGGCACUGAGACGCAAAUUUCUGAUCAAGCUGCAAUCUUCACCCUCUUAUAUGAUGUAAACACAAGAAGAUUAAGCAGUUUUGGCAUCAGAAAUAUUCUCCUCCUGCUUUGUUUUCUUUAAUUACUGUGCUUCUUGCCAAUAGAGACUGUUUCAAAGGUAGUUUAUAAUUAUUGCAGACAUUUGCAAAACGAAUGAACCGGUCAAUAAAUCAUAUUUGUAACUCUAAAGAAUAAAAGAUAAAGCUUUCCUGAAAUAA